AUGCAAGCAGUUAAACAGGAAGAAAUUCGACAGCUAUUUCCACGUUCAGAACUUGGUAAUCCCAUUGAAAUAAAAUCAUUAGCAUGCAUUGGUCAAUUAUUGAAUGCAAUGACCGAUGUAGGAGCAUCGAUUUUAAGUCACGGUGAAUUUGUUCGUUUGGCUAUUCAUCGAAAAUUAUUAUACUUGGAAAAUCAUGAUGAUUAUAAUUUCUUAAACAAAUUAGUAGAUCGAUCUAAACCAGAAUUGUUAAAACUUCCAUUUACGAUAAUGGGCAAAGGUGGACGACCUCAUUCACUUCAAGUUAAACAAAUGCUACUUCAAUUUGGACAAUUUUUACCAAAGGAAACCAUACUUCAUAUUUUCAUUCUCGUGGACUCAGAUCUUCGAUCACGGGAUAUUUUGGAUAACGAAGAAAAAGAAUAUAAAAAAAUACAAGCUGAUCUAUACGAUCCGAAAAAUCCGAAGAAGCAAACUAUAAAAGUUCAACUUUACUAUCACUGCUGGGCUGCACGUGAAUGGGAAAAUUGGCUCCUUUCUAAUGAAAAUUUACUUUAUAAAAUGAUAUGUGACGAUGAAAUAUAUCAUAAAGAUGAAGCGAUCAAAAGAAUACGAGGUCGAAUACAACAACACCAAUCAAUGGAAUCAAUAUUCCCUACAUCUGAUUCAUUUCAACAUGAUCAACCCAUGAUAACCACCAUCGGUGGUGCAAGCAAUGCUCCACGCUACCCUAUAUGUAAAAGGCGAUUUGAAAGUUGGCUUAAGGACGAACUGAAACGCCAUUUCCAGAUAUUGUUAAACAAAUUAACGGUGUCCGCCAUGGAAGGCAUCGAAAAUACCAGUGGCAACGAAGAAAAAGACUUACAGCAUAAAGCCUGUGUUGCAUUUUUAACGGAUAACGGUAUAAAUGAUGAUAUUAUGAACAAAUUUGGUCACCUUCGUGAACGAAUUGAACAAUACAUUGGACGUCAAGUACGAUACGAAAAUGAAGAAUAUAAAGAAGAGCGAAAUGGAAAAAAAAGACAGCAGAAAGCUAAUGCAAGAGAAACAGGCGAAGAGAAAAAAAGACGGCUGGAGACUGAUUCGAGAAAAACAAAUAAAGCAAAAGAGUGCCGUGAUAAAUGGUUAACGGAUCGAAAAUUACCGAAAACAAUAGAAACAACUGAAGUUCUUAAUGAAACAAUCAGAAAAGAAUUAACAAAAUGGAUUGACGCAAAACUAUUCUUCCAUGAAUUGAGACAUGGUGAAGAUAGUACAGCUCAAAAUAAAGGUCUCGAUAGUUAUUGGAGACAAGUAUUUGCAAUGGGAGAAUCAGAAAAUAAUACAUAUAAAAGGUACUUUAAUUCGAUUGAUCCACAAAAACCAGAUGAAUGGCCGAGAGAUUUUAAUAAUUUACUUGAAAAGUUUCGAGAAUUUAUACAAGCACCAUAA